AUGCCAUUGAAUUCAUCAAUCAUGGCGGAGACGUUACGGCCAUUUGUCUAUUGGGGACAAAAAAAUGAUCACGUAUCAUUAAAAGUGGAUUUACGAAACGUUUCUAAUGAAACAGUUAAACUGGAUGACGAUUCAUUAAGUUUUAUGGCAGUGGGACAUGGUGUACGAGGAGAAAAUUUGUACAACUUUGAGAUAGAAUUCUACCUGCCAAUUGAUGCUAAGGCAAGUCAGUAUCGGAUCAAUGAGCGAGCUGUUGAGUUUCGCCUCCAGAAGGAUGUAGUUGGUGAAGUUUGGCCACGAUUAACAUACAAACCAAUAAAACAUCCUUGGCUAAAAAUAGAUUUUGACAAAUUUGCCAUAGAAGAAGAUUCUGAUGAAAAACUUGAUUUUGAGGCUUCUGAAAAUGAUUUGAUAAAAAAAUUUCGUAAUAGCAGUAUGAAGAAUGUUGAAACUAAGUCCCUGAUCAACUUCAAUUAUUUAUUUCUCUACAACUUAUUCCAGUUUGUUGGUUUCUCUUAUAUAUGUGGUAGUAUGCAGUACCAUUACUAUAAGUAUGGAGAAGAUUCAAAGUUGAAUGUUUUUGAAAGUGUUGGCAGUCAGUUGCUGUGUUUACAGUUGAUUGCAUUCCUUGAAAUUUUUCAUUCAAUAUUUGGAAUUGUUAAAACAAAAAUUAUUCCAACUUUAUUCCAGGUUUUGGGGAGAAAUUUUAUAUUACUAAUUGUUGUGUUUGACAGCUACUUACAACAUGUUCCUGCUCUUUGGCUGUUGAUUCUUGUAUGGAGUUUUGCAGAAAUAAUGAGAUAUCCUUACUACAUGCUACAAACUAUUGAUAGAGAAGCUCGGUUUAUCACUUGGCUCCGGUAUUCUGCUUGGAUAAUUCUUUAUCCACUUGGGAUAUUUUUGGAAGGAACCAUCAUCUUAGCAGGAAUUCCAAUGUAUGAAAUGUCUAAAAGAUUUACUCUUGUUUUGCCAAAUGCCUACAAUUUUUCAUUCUAUUUCCCAUGGUUUUUACAAAUAUACUUAUUCUCAAUGGUUCCAGCUGGAUAUUUUCAAAUGAACUACAUGUACAAGCAGCGAAAGAAAAAAUUGGCCAAUUUUUCUCUUCAUUCAAAGAAAGACUAA